AUGGAAGAAAAAAAACACAUUCAAAUAAUUCCAGACUCAGUAUCUUCUAUACGAAGAUUAUUAAAAGAUAUGAAGGUAGAUUCAUAUGACCCUAGAAUUAUUGAUCAACUACUAGCUACAGCUUUUGGUAGCCAAGACUUAAUAAUUAAAUCUAAUGAGUAUGCAAGAAUUGAUUCUAGAACAAAUAUUCAAGAAUGCGAUGUCAAAAUUGCUAUUUCAGAAUACUACGAAACAAGCGUAGCUAAUCAAAACUCUAAUUUAGCAAACAAAACAGUCUCAAGUGAAAUUAAUUCUUUACCUUUACCUACAUUUCCAAAUAAAGGUGUUUCAAAAAUUUGGCUACCGACAGAAUAUGAAAUGUCAAUUACUCCAAACUGGAACCAAGAUUUAACUAACUUGAAUAGCAUGAAUGACUCAGAAACUGAAAAGAUGAACAGAGAUAGUGAUAUAGAUAUUGGUGAAGAUAUUGACGAUGAUGAUGAUGAUGAUGAUGAUGAUGAUGAUGAUGAUGAUGAUGAUGACGAUGAUGAUGAUGAUGAUGAAGGUAUUGGCAGUAAUAGCAAUAACAUCAACAUUCGAAAUGUCUUGAAAAAUAACAAUUAA